UGCUUCUGUGACUCAGAGAACGUUCGAUCGAUCAUCAAUUCCAACUGCUUCAGAGAUCCUUCUUUUUAUACUCUUCAAAAUACUAGUCGACAUAAUUGGCACUUCCUACCCCUCUAAAUUGGCGCUAUUUCCCGUGCCCAAACACGGUGUACAAAUUGUUUAGCAGCUAUCAGUAACAGCAAAGCAAGAUGCUAUUAAAAAUUUAUAAUUGUAAAACGAAAGAAGGAGCAGUAUGAGAUGAUCACAGAAACUCUGGGCCGUGGCACGGUGGCGCGUGGCAGCCUGACAUGAUCACGCUUGGGGAGUGGGGACUCAAGAGUGAGUCAGUUAGUGGGCCGAUUUUUUUUCUUCUCAAUUUGUCAAGCCCGUGGGCCAGCCAGGUCCUAAGUUGGGCUCAAUGGGUUUUGGUUCAUUUUAAAGGCCCUAGUUAAGUGGUUCGCUUUUCCUUCUCUGCCUUUUCUCUCCUUCGGUUCCUUUUCCCUCCAUCUCUUGUUAUGGCGGUGGAGAAGGAACAGCUUCAGGAGGAAUCUGUAAUUCGCCGCUUCUACCAGAUUAUUCUUAGUUGGGACUACUUUGCUCUCGUUAAGGAAUCCAAGAAACGGAAAAAAGGUACUGCGGAGUCGACGCUAGUGAGGGUCAAGACCCAAUACAAAGACGUUGAUGAUUAUAUUGCCACGUACGAACCCCUCAUUUUUGAAGAAGCCAAAUCCCAGAUCAUUAAGGAGAAAGAGGAGGAAGAGGUCACUGAAUGGAAAUUGGGGGUGGUAAAAAGUUGGAGUGAGGCAGAUGACUUUCACUUUAUAGAAUUUCCAUGUGAAAUCAAGGAGGGAGAAUCAAUAUCACAAAAUGAUCUUUUACUGCUUUCAAAAGAUAAGAUUUUGGAUGGUAAAAGAUUGCCUACUGUUUAUGCAUUUGCUUUGGUGGAACAAGUUCGGAAAUUUUUUGAAACAAGACUUCUUCGAGUUAGACUCUAUCUUGCUGGGGAAUUUUCACAUUUUAAUACAGAUAAUGUACAAUCUUGCCCCAGGCUGUUAAAUAUGCAUACUCAUAUAUGCGAGACACAGAGACAAUUGUAUUUUAUGAAGAUGUGCAGCUUAUCAACCAUUGCUCGUGAGUAUGUGGCUAUACGAACUAUAAGCUGUCUCCCAUACAAGGAUUUAAUAUUAAAUGCAGUUGGAGAGAAUUUUGGCACAGAAGUUGAGGGUUGGAAAAUCCCAAUACCUUUGAAGGAAUACGUUGAAAGUACUUUCAAUCAGUAUCAACAUGAAGCCAUAACAGCUGGUCUAUCAUCCAAAGCCUUUGUCCUGAUACAGGGGCCUCCAGGGACUGGGAAGACUCAGACUAUCCUUGGGAUUCUGAGUACCAUUUUGCAUGCAACUCCGACAAGAAUGCAUUCAAAGACUUAUGAGCUAAGGCAGGGACCACAAUUGCCUCUUGAGGAGAAACAAAGACAUUGGGGACUAGCAUCUCCAUGGCUUAGUGGUAUUAAUCCAAGGGAUAGUUUGAUGCCAAAAGAUGGUGAUGAUGGUUUUUUCCCAACCACUGGAAAUGAACUAAAACCUGAAGCUGUAACUUCAAGUCGUAAGUAUCGUGUAAGAGUGCUAGUAUGCGCCCCAUCAAAUUCUGCCCUUGAUGAGAUUGUGUUGAGGGUUCUCAAUGGAGGUGUACACGAUGAAAAUGACCGUGCAUAUUGCCCUAAAGUUGUGCGGAUUGGUCUCAAAGCACAUCACUCUAUCAAGGCCGUUUCCUUGGAUGAACUUGAAGGAAGCUUAACUAUUAAAUUGAUGGUUUUGUUAACAUCAACACUUGAGGCUGAUGUUAUGCAUCUUAAAGUAAUGAAACAAAAACGUGCUGGUGCCAACAAAUCGGCCACCAAUAAACAGAGUAAUGGUCCUGCAGGAAGUAACGAUGACAGUAUCCGCACUGCAAUUUUGGAUGAGGCCACAAUUGUCUUCUCCACUCUCAGCUUUAGUGGUUCCCAUGUUUUCAGUAAACUAAAUCGCAGAUUUGAUGUUGUAAUUAUAGAUGAAGCAGCACAAGCUGUGGAACCUGCAACUCUUGUUCCUUUAGCCAAUCAAUGCAAAAAAGUUUUUCUGGUUGGGGAUCCAGCUCAACUUCCAGCAACUGUAAUAUCAGACACUGCUAAGAAUCAUGGAUAUGGCACAAGCUUAUUUGAAAGAUUGAUGCAGGCAGGUUAUCCAGUUAAAAUGUUGAAGACUCAAUACCGAAUGCAUCCCGAGAUAAGAAGUUUUCCAUCUAAGGAGUUUUAUGAAGACUCACUGGAAGAUGGGGAUGAUGUCAAAUUACGGACAAAACGUUCAUGGCAUGAUUAUCGCUGCUUUGGGCCAUUCUGCUUCUUUGACAUACAUGAGGGAAAAGAGGCUCGGCCAUCUGGGAGUGGUUCAUGGAUAAAUGCUGAGGAAGUUGACUUUGUUCUAUUUUUGUAUCAAAAACUGAUUACACUUUAUCCGACACUGAAAUCUGGUAACCAAGUUGCAAUUAUAUCACCCUAUAGUCAACAAGUCAAGCUCUUCCAAAAACGUUUUGAAGAGACCUUUGGAAUGUCAGCUGAGAAAGUAGUGGAUAUAUGUACUGUUGAUGGUUGCCAGGGACGGGAAAAGGACAUUGCAAUAUUUUCAUGUGUCAGGGCAAGCAAAGAUAAAGGUAUAGGGUUUGUGGAGGACAUCCGGCGAAUGAAUGUUGGGAUCACUAGAGCAAAGUCAGCAAUAUUGGUGGUUGGAUCUGCCUCAACAUUAAGGAGGAGUGGACAAUGGAACAAGCUAGUGGAAAGUGCAGAGAAAAGGAACUGUUUUUUUAAAGUUUCUCAACCGUAUUCCUCAUUCUUCAGUGAUGAAAGUCUGUCAUCCAUGCAAACAAAGGUGGAUGAACCAUCUAAGGUGGUAGGACCUGCCGAAAGGGUAGAUAAUAAUGAUACACAGCCUGACAAUGCUACUGCAGCUUAUAAUGAUCAAGCACAAGCCGAAGACAAUGAAUAUGGAGAGGGCGGUGUCGACAUGGAUGAUGGGGGUUUUGAUGAGGAUUAGGGUUAGUUGUUAUAUAGUUGUGUAGUUGAGCAGGUGCAAUUUAUGUCUUUUUUCCUGUAACGAGGAUUGAGGACAAGGAAAAUUGUAAUCUGCACUAAUCUGAAUACUGAUAAAUUAUAGUAUAUUAUCUCUAUUGCACAAAAGGGUAUCGUAAUUUUGAUCACCAGAAUUAAGCAAUUUCUCAUCCCUUGCUUCUAAUGCCAUCUUCUAGUCUUUGUAUCUAAUGAAAUUCUUAAUGAAGUUCUUAGAAUAAGAACCGCUUAUUAUUAUUUUUAUCA